GACUGACUGUUGGGCUCCGGCACCGCCUUCAGUUCCUCGGCGCUAGCUGGCGCGGGUGGUUGGGACCGUUAGCUCCCCAGACUGGCAAGCUCUCGGCCGCUACUCCACUGGUGUCAGAAAUGGAGACGAUGCGAGCGCAGCGGCUGCAGCCUGGAGUGAGCCCCAACGGGAGGGGCACUCUGCGAACGCUGCGGCCCGGAGUGACUGGGGCCGCGGCUGCACCCGCCACACCCUCAGUGGGCUCCUCGCCAGCCCCACCGCCCCCGCCGACACUGCUCCUGUCCGGGGCCCCCGGGCUGCCACUGCCCCCCGGCUCCGCUGGCAGCCCGGCGGUGCUGCGGGAGGCUGUGGAGGCCGUGGUGAGGAGCUUCGCCAAGCACACGCAGGGCUAUGGCCGAGUGAAUGUGGUGGAGGCACUUCAAGAAUUCUGGCAGAUGAAGCAGUCUCGUGGGGCUGACUUGAAGAAUGGGGCUCUAGUGGUUUAUGAAAUGGUUCCCUCCAACACCCCUCCCUAUGUCUGCUAUGUCACCCUGCCUGGGGGAAGUUGUUUUGGGAGUUUCCAGUUUUGCCCCACCAAAGCUGAGGCCCGGAGGAGUGCUGCAAAGAUUGCACUAAUGAACUCUGUGUUUAAUGAACAUCCUUCCCGAAGAAUCACUGAUGAGUUCAUUGAGAAGAGUGUCUCUGAGGCCCUGGCAUCUUUCAAUGGCAAUAGGGAGGAAGCUGACAACCCAAAUACAGGGAUUGGUGCCUUCCGAUUCAUGUUGGAAUCCAACAAGGGCAAGUCAAUGUUGGAAUUCCAGGAGCUAAUGACAGUUUUUCAACUGUUGCACUGGAAUGGCAGCCUUAAGGCCAUGAGGGAAAGACAGUGCUCUCGGCAGGAAGUGUUGGCUCACUAUUCACACCGGGCCCUGGAUGAUGAUAUUCGCCACCAAAUGGCACUGGACUGGGUGAGCCGGGAGCAGAGUGUGCCAGGGGCACUGUCUAGAGAGCUGGCCUCCACUGAACGGGAGCUGGAUGAAGCCCGGCUGGCAGGCAAGGAGCUACGCUUCCACAAAGAGAAGAAAGAUAUUCUCAUGCUGGCUGCUGGACAGCUGGGCAAUAUGCAUUCUUCCAACUGUUAGGCAUCCACUCAUGUGUUUCCCAUCCUCUCCAGGCCUCACUUUAUAUGUUCUCUUUAAGACUUAGUAUGAUUCCUGUACAUACUUUUUCAAUUUUAUACUUUAAAAUAUAGGUAUAUGUGUAUAAAUUCUACACUUGGAUUCUUUUUUUGCUAAAAGAUCCCUUUUCUUCGUUUCUGGAUGUAGUUUCCUUUGAAACAUCUCCAUUCCACUUUACAAGAAGAGCAGGCUAUCUUUGGAGCUUUUUGGCUUUUACAUUCCCAGCAACUCUGUAUAGUCAUUUCAGCAGCACAAGAUGAUAACAUGUUCAUGUCUCCUAUCUUUUAAAAUAACAGGAAGCUUGAGUAAGGAUUAUAUUCUUCCCCUAAUCCUAAUUCCUGCUUUCUCUUAGACUCAAACAGGUUAUAAAUACAAAACCUUCUACUUUGGUUUACCUUGAGCUGGGCCUACUUGGUAUGGGUUGUUCCUCCAGUAAUGUUAUUUCCUAACUUACACCACCCCUCCUCACCACUACCUUACUUCCCCCUCUGACUCCAAUCAGUACUAGGCAGGAAGUGAAGAUCUGGUUUAUUUUUGAGGUCAUUCCUAAGAAAGUGUCCAGGAACAAGAAGGGAAUUAUAAACACACUUCACAAGGCUUUGUCACUUAAAAUUGCUUCUGGGGCAUAGAUACCAUACCAUAGUCCAGAUUUCAGGAUGUACUCUACACUACAGAUGGGGUCAGGGUUGAAGUUGCUUAUCUUUUAAUAUUUCCUUUUCAUUCCUGCUCCCCUGUUCCCCUAGCUUAGUUAAGCCCUGUAUUUAGACUGUCCUGUCUGCAGGGAAAGUAAAAGAUAUUUUCCUCUUCUCUCUCCUCCCAUCAUUUUGCUCUUUGGAAAAGUUAUCUGUUCUAUUUGGUGAGGGCGACAUUCCUCUCACUGCCACAAAUUUGUUGCCAUCUACUGCCUUAGAUGUACAUACCUUAGAUUCAUAUUUGUUUUCUCUUGUCCUUCUCCACAUUGAUCAGGUAAAUUAGAUGAGACUUGGGCAUUAUGGCACUUCCUAAUUGGAACCCUGGGAGACUUGCAGGAAAGGAAAAAUAAUCAAUGAUGAGCUAUUUGUAUUUUUAAUAUUGUUCUCUUCUCCUACCUCUCUCCUGGGUGGAAUAGGAGAGAAAUGAUCUAGAGUACAGGUAAAGCAUUCACCUUUGGGAGAAUUUUUUGUAGGUCUAAGGUAUGUUUUCCCCGUGUUUCUGUAGUUUCCUUUAUACAAUAUUGUAGUUCAGUGCUCUUUAAAUUGAGCUUGGGAAGUAUAAUGUUUCUAAAAUUAGACUUUCCAUUUAACAAUUAUACACUUUGCUUUCAGAAAUAAGUUAGGAAACAGGCCACAAUUUUCUUUUGGAUCAAACAGGGGCAAGUUGAAAGUCAUCUUUCUUUCUUUCAAAUCAUUUUAGUAACCAGUACAUAUGAGAUUAAAAGUAAGCAAUCUAGCAACAAAUGUAUCUGUGCUUGAAAAGGGCUUCCUCCAAUUCUCCAAGCCCUUUCUCUGUAUUCCAUGACAUACAUGUAGGGUUGGAGCAGAGGCUCUUAUAUUAAACAAUAGGUGUGUCUAUUCAGUUUUUAUUGAUAUUUAUAAUUCAUAAAUUAUAAAUCCUCAUUUUUCUUAUGCUCCUUUCUCUGAGAAGUGUUAAGUGGUGUGAAUUAAGGGAAGAACUUGUUUGCACCUCCUCGAUUUACUAUUUUUCUCUAAUGCCAACCAGCAAGAUCCCAAAGAACUUGA